UCUGGUCCUAUCCGCGGAGAAAAAGAAAAUAUACCGAUAUUUUCCUUCGCUUAAAUUUAUCUACCAUUUCGAUUAUUUUCAAUUCCAUCUCGAGAAAGUAUCAAACAAUUUUUCGGAAUUCUUGGAUUUUUUUUGUUUUUUGAUCUGUUUGUUUUGAGUGUUAGCAAAGGAGAAUAAAAGAGUGAAGAAGAAAUCUUAAAUAUAAUUUAUGUAUCCUUCAGAUGAUGCUCAACAAAUUGUUUGAAAAGUGGUGCAAGUGCAAAAGCAAGUUGCAGCAGCAAUGAAGUUAUUCGUCCUUUGAAGAUUGUGAUUGUGUUGUAUACCAACUUAUUUUUGUGGUUUCAAUUUAAAGUUUUUUUGUUUUUUUUUGAGAAGAAGUUUAGUGAGUUCGUUUGAAUGUGGUGCAACAUUUUCAAAAUUACAGAUUUGUGAAGUGUAUCAAAUAAUGCACAUGAAUGGUCACAUUGUUGUAAGGAUAAUAUAAUAAUGUAAAUGAUUUGUGACGACCCGACAAGACGAGCGACGACGCGAGCGACAAGUCUGAUGAUGACCCCGGAUCCGAACCCGAAACCGAACCCAAAUAUAUUGUGUUAAAAUAAUUGUGUGCGUAUCAAAAUUUAUUUUUCGUGCCAUGGAAUUUGAUGAGCAAGCAGGAGCAAUUUGCUGAAGUUGGAGUAGCUGAGUUGUGUGUUGGCCAACAACUGAUAUGCGGACAUCAUCAACAUGGAUGGCGAGAAUCGGAUUAUCCUUAAUGUUGGUGGAAUAAGAUAUGAAACGUACAAAGCAACUCUCAAGAAAAUUCCUGCCACCCGACUUUCCAGACUAACAGAGGCUCUGGCCAAUUACGAUCCGGUGUUAAAUGAGUACUUCUUUGACAGGCAUCCGGGCGUAUUUACGCAAAUCCUCAACUACUACAGAACAGGAAAGCUUCACUAUCCAACAGAUGUUUGUGGACCAUUAUUCGAAGAAGAGUUGGAAUUCUGGGGACUGGAUUCAAAUCAGGUAGAACCAUGCUGUUGGUCAACAUAUAGUAUACAUCGAGAUACACAAAAUACUUUAGCAAUUUUAGAUAAAUUAGAUAUUGAAAAUGAAAAACCAUCAGAGGAACAAAUUGCACGAUUAUUUGGUUUCGAAGAAGCCCUUAGUAAUGGUGAAUUAAAUUGUUGGCAACGAAUUAAGCCGAAAGUAUGGGCUCUGUUCGAUGAGCCAUCAAGUUCAACAGCAGCAAAGAUUGUUGCUAGCAUGUCGGUGUUCUUCAUAUUCGUUUCUGUGAUAUCAUUCUGCUUGAAAACACAUCCGGGGUUUCGGGUCGAUUUCCCCGAUGGGUCGUCUCUAUCAUCGACCUCAUCCAUACCUCUAUCGACCACAUCUUCUAAUAAUAAUAAUUUAAAUAUUAAUAAUUCACCAUCAUCGGUAUUCAAUAUGACAUAUAUCAAUCAAGGUAUAACCAACACUUUGAACAACAACAACAACAUAACUAGAAAAGCAGAAUUUACUGCUGGCAAUUUAAGCAGCAUAUUAUUCGAUUCGUCCAAUCUCACGUAUAAAAGUUCCAAUCGAAAACGUUUAAAACGCUCGAUAUUCAAUGGCAGUGAAUUAAAUCAAUUUUUUGAACAAAAAAUUCUCGGCGGAACACCACAUCACCAUGGAUGGCAUGAAUCUUAUGGCCAUCCACAUGGAGCCUUUUUUUACGUGGAAUUGGUGUGUAACGUUUGGUUUUUCAUUGAAGUUAUAAUAAGGCUAAUUGUUUCUCCAAAUAUCUGGCAAUUUAUCAAAUCACCAGUAAAUAUUAUCGAUUUCACAGCCACUUUGAGUUUCUAUACAGACGUUAUGCAAAGAAUGGGUGAACACACAGGACUAUUGGAAGCAUUUUCAAUAGUUCGAAUUAUGAGACUUUUCAAGCUAACCAGACACUCGCCGGGAUUGAGAAUAUUAAUUCAUACUUUCAAGGCUUCGGCAAAAGAAUUAACGCUGCUGGUGUUCUUUUUGGUGCUUGGUAUUGUCUUCUUCGCUAGCUUAGCUUACUACGCGGAGAAGUUGCAGGACAACCCAGAAAAUCAGUUUAAAAGCAUUCCAUUAGGUCUCUGGUGGGCCAUCGUCACGAUGACAACCGUUGGCUACGGAGAUGUGGCGCCUAAAACCUAUCCGGGAAUGUUUGUAGGCGCUUUAUGCGCCUUAGCCGGUGUAUUGACGAUAGCACUACCAGUACCUGUUAUUGUUAGCAACUUCUCCAUGUUCUAUUCUCAUACUCAGGCCCGUUCAAAACUUCCGAAAAAACGUCGGCGAGUUCUGCCUGUCGAACAGCCACGUCGCAAACGUGAACAAGGACCACCGGCACGUCGCACAAAUGCCAUCAAACAACAACAUCACACACACCCGCCCGCAACACUGGUCGCUUCACAACCACCAAUGUUCAAGGAUCCCUUUGGCAGUGCAAAAAUAGGCAAUGUGAAUGGAAUUAAUGUUAUAGGAUUAAGUAUUCAAGGGCCAUCAGUGCCUCUAGCCGCUGUUCUUAAAUCACCACCAACAGGAAUACCGCCGCACUCUGAUUACUUGAGUGUGCCACCAGUACAAAGUCUUCAACCGAGGGCGGCAACAACCGGACAUGACUUUAUGCUGCCACUGCAACCAAAGCUGCUAGCACCCUUGGAGCGAAAAGAGCAUCCUUUGCAGUUGUCACCACAGCAAAUGGCAGCUGACAACCAUCAGGGAAGCGGCGAUUGUAAUAUGCAACAACUACAAAGCACAGUUUUCAAUAUUAACAACAACAACAAAGCCCAUUUGAAUAGUGGAGCUCCACCACCACCGUGUUCCAUGGAACGUCUACCCCCACCGCCAUCCUUUUUCAGUGGGACUCUUGCCGGUGGCGGAGGUGGCAAUAUCAACACAAACGUGGGUGCUGGCAGCAUUGGUGGCAUCGGAAACGCUACAGCUAUUAGCUACUCUUCAAUGUUGACACGAACUCCGAACCUUAGCAUUCGGCCGACAAGUGUCGGUUGCAAUAUCACAAUUGCUGUCAACUCAGCGACACCAGAAAAAAUCAAUCCUUCAGACCACCAUCAGCAACAGCUUCAGCUUCAGCUACAGCAUCAGCACCAGCAGCAGCAGCCGCCGCCGAAAGUGACUUUACGUAAGGACAGUGAGUGUGACCUGCAAGAAGAGAAUGACAGUUCACCGAAUGAUUGAUUGUGGGAAAUAGUUAUUUAGAGAAGCCAAAUCUCUUUUUAACUGACAUUUAGAUUGACCUUUCUGCAUUACACACUACGUAAGCGUAUUUAGGCUUUGUGUGUAUGAAAUACCUUGAAACAUGGAAAAUGUAUCAUAGAAUCAAUUUUCCUCAAACCCAAAGAAACAGUGGAAGAGAAGUUGUAAAUUCUAGACAAAAAACAAACAAAACAAAAAUAAAAUACAUUAUUUGUACACGAUAAAACAAAAAUACGGAAAAUGAAAAUUUAAUAUUUAAAUUUUUUUUAAGAACAUAUAAAUAAAAACAAAUAGAUAUUUAAAUUUUAAAAAAUAAAAUAGAUAUUAAAAAAUAAAAAUUUCUUGACAAACCGAUAUCUUUUUGGUCCAAAAACUAAAACAACUAGAAAAUUAUUUUUUAAAAAAAAGAAACAAUAAAAUAAAA